UACUCAAUCCGACCCUUCGCCGACCAUGACCUAACAAAUGACCCUGAAGAGGCGGCGCGCCGUACUCGUUGGAACGCGAAGCUGUCGAGCCUCCGCAUUGCCGUCGAGCAUUGUUUUGGCCGUCUCAAGGGGCGGUUCCCGAUCCUUCGCCACUUUCCUGGCCAUGACCUCGACUACAUAUUUCGUCAGAUUGAAGCUAUGUUUAUUCUGCACAACAUCCUGGAGGCAUACGGUGAUGACCCAGAGACUAUUGAAGGAUACAAUGGCAGGGAAGAUCCCGAGGUGGAUGAGAUCAUGGGGGAUAUACCU